UAAAAGAGAAGAAUCCCAAGUACACAUUUUAGCUGCUGCCUGCACACCGCAUCGCAGAGGCGAGAGAGAGAGGAGAGAGAGAGAGAGAGGGCGCGCGCUGCGGCGGCGGCGGCACAGCAGGGGAAGCAUCAGACGCCGCAGAACCGCAGUAGAAGAGGAGGGAGACCAGGCCACCUAUAUCUAGCUCUCUCUUUCUAUCCAUCUUCUCUCUAUAUAUGCAGUUAUAAUAUUUGGCCAAUUAGGCAGAGAUUAGAGAGGGACUGGGGAGGGAAAUUUUGUACAGGGAAGAGAGAGAGAGAGGGUAGUUGAUGGGAAGGGUUUGAUGUGAUUGCGCUUUCUUUUCUCUUUGCUUCCUGGAUCCAACCGCCGCCGCCGCGUCCUCUCGUCGUUGUUUCCGUGUUCUUGGAUCGGAUGCCUUCAUCUGCCUAGAUCGGAGCAAGAGCAAGGCGCGCGGUGUAAAUCCCGAGAGGAGGAAGAAGAGGAGGAGAGGGGAUCGAGGCCGCUCCGUCCCGUCUUGCUUGUUCUUGCCGCGUACGGUUCUUUCAAGAACCCGCGGCGGGGAUGGAUCUCUACGACAAGAGGGAGGACAUGGCGUUGCAAGACGGGGACUACUGCCUUGCGCCCCGGGCUUCGCGGGGCGGAUGCGAGGUGGACUUACAGUGGGCGGAUGGCCUCGUCGAAGGCGCCGGGCGGAAGCGGUGCGCCCUGGAAGACUUCGAGGACGAGGUCCAGGAAAUGGACGAGGUGGAUGGCGGUGGCAAGCGCAGCAAGCCGCCGUCGCCGCAACCGCACACACCAGAUAUUCGUGAAGCCCAUGCCCCCAGCCGCCGCCGCCGCACCGUGGUGGCCGGUGGUGGGGAGCACAGCGGUGGUGGGGGUGACCUCAUAGGAGAAAUCGGCCGGGACCUGUCCAUCAACUGCCUCCUCCGGCUGUCUCGGUCAGAGUAUGGCUCAGUGGCUUCGCUGAAUCAUGAUUUCCGGUCUCUGGUUCGAGGAGGGGAGAUCUACAGGCUGCGACGGCAGAAUAACAUUGCCGAGCAUUGGGUGUACUUCUCCUGUAAUGUUUUGGAGUGGGAUGCCUAUGACCCCUACCGCAAGCGUUGGAUCUCGGUGCCCAAGAUGCCGCCUGAUGAGUGCUUCAUGUGCUCGGAUAAGGAGUCUUUGGCUGUGGGCACCGAGUUACUUGUGUUUGGGAUGGCACACAUUGUCUUCAGAUACAGUGUGCUGACAAACUCUUGGACACGAGGCGAGGUGAUGAAUUCUCCUCGCUGUCUAUUUGGGUCAGCAAGCGUGGGGGAGAAGGCAUACGUUGCUGGUGGCACUGAUUCUUUUGGCAGGAUCCUCAGCUCAGCAGAGCUGUACAACUCCGAGACGCAUACUUGGACACCUCUUCCUAGCAUGAAUAAGGCACGGAAAAAUUGCUCUGGGUUUUUCAUGGAUGGCAAGUUUUAUGUGAUUGGCGGUGUGACAAACAACAACAUGAUCUUGACCUGCGGUGAAGUGUAUGAUACGCAGAGCAAGACUUGGAGUGUGAUUGAGAACAUGUCUGGGGGUUUAAAUGGAGUGAGCGGUGCACCCCCACUUGUUGCAGUGGUCAAGAACCAGCUGUAUGCUGCUGAUUACAGCGAGAAGGAUGUGAAGAAGUAUGACAAGCAGAAUAAUAGAUGGAUCACACUUGGUAAAUUGCCCGAGCGAUCUGUGUCCAUGAAUGGAUGGGGCCUUGCAUUCAGGGCAUGUGGUGAGAGGCUUAUUGUAAUUGGUGGCCCAAGAACACCAGUUGGGGGCAUGAUUGAGCUAACCUCUUGGAUUCCUGAUGACAAGCCACCUGUGUGGAAUUUGAUGGACAGACGGCCAUCAGGAAAUUUUGUGUAUAAUUGCGCUGUGAUGGGCUGCUGAGUUCACUUCAUCAAGAGUCUGCACAGUGAUGUUUACAAAGAGAGGUAUGCACAAAGGCAGGCCUGUUUAGCUUCAGCACUCCUUCAUGAGUUUCUGCCUUUGACCUGUAGCUGAUGUAGUUGGCAUCAGCAGAGCAGCAGCAGGAUCUUGUAACCCUUGAGUUCAUACAUCAGUUUCCGCCCCAGCUAAUCCAUUUCUUUCAUUUACAUUUGGAUCAGUCUUAUGAUCUAGAAGAUGAUACCAUGCAAAAGAUGUCAUACCAAUAAUCUAGAAACAUUAAAUUUCAGAGGCCUUCCAUCAUUGAUGAUGACAGCAAGUUUUCAUAUUCCCUUGUCUAUGUCUGCAACAAAAGUAGUGACCAUCUUGUUAUUAGCAUAUUUCUAAUUUUUGAGUUAUCAUAUAUGUUACACAUUGAUGCCUUCUUUAUGCAUUUAUUUGCCUGAA